UGAACAGACGCCAUUUUCAGUCGCACUGACUCCCAAAUGAGUCAAUAAUCUACAGGCUAAUAUCGUUUUCAUGUCAACUAACAUAUGUAGAGCCAUGUGAAGGUAUGUCUCCCUUUACCGAGAUCUCCAGUAACAGGCCGAGAUGGCUUCACAUCUUUGCUAUGUUCAACAUUCUGUCAUUUUUCAACGUAUUUGUCUGUGGCGAUGUUAAAGUGAAUCAGGGAAAUGAGUCGAUAUUAUUUUACCUGGAUAGAAUGGCUACCUUUGGUCCGGAGCUAUCAGAAAUAGGCCUUACGGGGUAUUUGAUAGCUGUAGGUCCAGACGUAAACAAAACCUCGUGUUCUGACUACACGCCACGCAUUCCCAACAAUGACACCUCCAGAGUCUGGAUCGCUCUUAUCCGCAGGAACGGCUGUAAAUUUGAUGACAUGGUGCUAAACGCUCAGAAACUUGGAUACCAGGGCGCAAUUAUCCAAAAUCGCUUCGAGGAUGAGAGGCUUGUUGCUAUGGGAGGAGAUUCUCAUAUGUAUGAGGUGAAUAUCCCGUCAGUGUUUGUGGGCUGGACCAGUGGAUAUGAGAUUGGCCAGAAAUAUUGCUAUCAGUGUUCGUUUUCCAAUUACACUAUCACCAUCACCAACAACACACCGCAGGACUUUAAGCCGUACAUCCUGUGGCCCUUUGCUAUCGUAGUGGGGACCUGCUUCAUCCUCAUGCUCUCCUUCAUGAUAUUUAAAUGGUGUAGAGACAUCAGCAAAAGGAAGAAGUCUAGACUUUCCACUAAGGUGCUGAAGAAAAUUCCAACCAAGAAGUUCAAGAAAGGGGAUGACUAUGAUGUGUGUGCCAUCUGUCUGGAUGACUAUGAGGAAGGAGACAAGCUGAGACUCCUGCCCUGUUCUCAUGCCUACCACUGUGUCUGUAUUGAUCCUUGGCUGACCAAAAACAAGAAGACUUGCCCGGUGUGUAAGCGGAAGGUCAUCCCUGGAAGUAAUCCUGACUCGGAUUCAGACUCGGACGAGGAUAACGGAAACCAGUCCACAUCGGAGAGAGCUCCCCUACUCGGAAACAACAAUAACACGAGGCCAGCCAGAAGGUCCACGUUUGAUAAUUCUGGGCUAUCUGAAAUGGUGCGACCACUGCUGAGGAAUGUAAACGAGAUUAAUCCUGACUCGAGUGACAGUGAUUCUGACUCGGAGGAUGACGAGGAACAGCAACCCACGACUAGCUUGCGGGAAAAUGUCGUCAACAGGGCCGUUGUUAACCGUGGCUACUUCAAGUCUAGUGACGAAGAGGAGGACGAGGACAAGGACAAAGUAGAUGGCGAUGUUAGUGGACCAAACCAAGAGACCAAACCGGUGGAAGAAAACAGACAGGGAAUCAUUGCUAAUGUAUCCAUUGUGAAUGUGGACCAAACGUCAGAAUCCAGGAUUGUUAAUCAUGUGGUUUGAUUAUUGCCAACAUUUCAGGUUGUAUCUGGGUGUUAAUUCCUGUUUCGUUGAAGAAGAUAAAGGUGUUCAGUAUGUGCAGGAUAAUUGUGUAUCCCAACACCCCUGUAUCCUCAAGACUUGUUGAUUAAAGGCUGUGAAUGAAAUGAUUAAUUUGGAUGUGUAGAGAUGUCUAUGUAAAAAACCUUAAAAACUUUUUUUAAAUGUUGAAAAAGUCCAAGCCUCUGAAAUGGGGAUGAAUUAAAAGUGCUAAAGAGAAAUUGCCUGCUUCUUGGCAACAAAUGGAAAAGAAGUGGAAAUGAAAUUGCUAUGUUGAAGUAAAAAGGUCACUAAUGAUUUAAGUGUUGUGACCUAGUGUCAAGGUCAAGUUACGGUGUAUAGGUCAAGGUCAUUGGUGAAGGUGUAAGAUCAGUGUUUAGAUUUAGGUAUCACAAGUCAUUUGUAUUAAUAAAUGACAGAACUGUCAAGUACAUUUUGGUCAAUUCAGUACUAGGCAAUUUAAAAAAAAAA